AUGGAAGCGAAAGUGUACUCAAUAAAGAAGGAACUACAAUCUUUACUAGGAAAGAUCAACUUCUUAAAGAGGUUCAGAUCAAAUAUAAGUGGCAAGACUCAAGCCUUCUCUCCUCUACUUCGACUAAAGAAGGAAUGUUUCGAAUGGGGGCAAGCGCAACGAGAAGCUUUCGAAAAGAUCAAAGACUAUCUUGUUCGUCCUCCAAUUUUUUCGCCUCCUUGUAGGAAUAAAAGUAUGAGGUUGUACAUUUCUGUGUCUGAUGUAACUUUAGGGAGCAUGCUUUCUCAAGAGGAUGAAAAUGGAGUAGAAAGGGCCAUUUACUACCUUAGUCAAGUCCUAAAUGAUGUAGAAACUAGAUAUAGCAUGAUCGAAAAGUUAUGUCUAUCUCUGUAUUUCUCUUGUACAAAGUUGAAGCAUUAUAUAAAACUUAUUGAUGUGUAUGUUUCAUCUCACUUUGAUAGUCUUAAACACGUGCUAUCUAAGCCAAUUCUGCAUAAUCGAAUUGGAAAAUGGGCACCUGCUUUAACUGAAUACUCCCUAACUUAUAUGCCUUUAAAGGCUAUAAAGGGUUACAGAGAUGGAACGAUUAUUGGAGUGUUAAUUAUUUCUCCUAAUAAAAUUCCAACAAAAUUCAAGUACAAGAUUGAAGGUCUUUGCUCGAACAAUGAGGACGAACAUGAGGCUUUGAUAGCCGGACUUGAAAUUUUGUUGGAAUUGGGGGAAACUAGAGUCAAAAUAAUGAGUGACUCUGAGUUAGUUAUAAAGCAGAUAACAAAGGAAUACAAAUGUGCCAAAGAGAACCUAAUAGUGUACUUUGUAAUAGAAAAUAGACUAUUACGAAGGUUCAAAAUGGUGAGUAUUAGACACAUUCCUCGAGUUAAGAACCAAAAGGCAAAUGACUUGGCUCAAAUUGCUUCUGGUUACAUAAUUUUGAAAGAAAACUUGGAAGAUGCAAUUGAAAUCCGAGGGAGAGUUAUGUCGACCAGAUUGUCUCCGAUAGAUUUGGAAGUAACAAAGUUAGGCUAUGCAGAUAAAGAGAACUUUGAGAUAUUGUCCAUAGAUAGUUUGACAGAUGAAGAUUGGAGAAAACCAAUAGUAAAGUACUUAGAAAAUCCAACAACAUCUGCAGAGCGAAAGGUCAUCUAUCACUCUCUGAGUUAUACCCUUAUGGGGAAUGAAUUAUUCAAAAAAACACCUGAAGGAGUCUUACUCAAAUGCCUUGGUGACUUUGAGGUGUACUUAGCUCUUUCUAAUGUCCAUAGUGGGGCGUGUGGAGCACAUCAAGUAUGCCACAAGAUGAAAUGGCUUUUGUUUCGUCAAGGGAUGUACUAG